AUUGGGUUAAAGUAACCAUUGAUAUUCCUUACGCGUCACCUCCUCAGGGGAUGAAGUAUUUUACAAUAAUCGGACCACACAUUGAUUGCAUGGAUGAACAAUACCUCAAGCCGUUAAUUGGUUCGGACAAGAGAUCUGUUUGUUGUUUGUGUUGUCAACGAGGAGUUGUAAGUCUGAAGACUUUGAUGGAAAGGACGGCCUAUUGUUGCGGUGAAAGUAUUCGUCUGAAAGCGGAUAUUGAUAAUCAAAGUGAAGAAAAUGUGAGACUUAAGCUAAAACUGGUGCAG